AUGCAUCCAUGUCAUCCUUUUUAUGUGCAUACAUAUGAUGUUUUAGGGUCCUCUUUAGUUUUUGUACCUUUUGAUGGUACUGGGUAUGGGAGUUGGAGACGAACCACCCUUGUGGCUUUAUCUGUUAGAAAUAAACUGGAUUUCAUUAAUGGAUCUUCAGUUAAGCCUCCUGACAUUUCUCCCUUGGCGAGACAGAGGCAGAAGUGUAAUGAUUUAGUUGUCUCUUGGUUAACCAUCUCCCUGUCAAAAGACAUUGCUCGUAGUGUUGAGUACUCUGAACUUGCCAAUGAUAUUUGGAGUGAGUUGGAGGAAAGAUAUGGUCAAGCAGAUGCUGCAAGGGUAUUUGAGCUUAAGAAAGAACUUGCUCACAUCUCACAAGGAUCACUUGAUAUUGCUUCAUAUUUCAGCAAAAUCAAGCAAUUGUGGGAAUAA